CUCCGUUCCGAGCCCUUUGCCUUGGACCCCCUCCCGUUGCAGGCGAGCUCCUCGGAGAAGACAGCCAAGGACACGUACGCAGCCUGGAGGCAGUACCAGCAGGAGUGCGAGCACAGCUUGGCGGAGGAGCCGUAUCCCACAGGCCUGGUGUGUAACCGGACCUUCGACAUGUACGCCUGCUGGAGGGACACGCCACCCAACACCACCGCCAUGGUGCCCUGCCCGUGGUACCUGCCCUGGCACGACCGUGUGCGCGGCGGGUUCGUGAUGCGGCUCUGCGGCCCAGCUGGCCAGUGGGUGAUGGACGACUCGGGGCUGCCCUGGAGGGACCACUCACAGUGCGAGGAUGUCAGCACAGACCACCCCUUCCAGAUGCGGCUCCUGGAGCAGUUCCGGCUGAUGGACACCGUGGGCUACUCCCUCUCGCUGGUCUCCCUGCUGCUCGCCUUGCUCCUGCUCCUGGCAUUCAGAAAGUUGAGGUGCACCCGCAAUUACAUCCACGCCAACCUCUUCCUCUCGUUCAUGCUGCGAGCUGUCUCCAUCCUCACCCGGGACGCCCUCCUCCGCGUGCGCUUCUCCAAGGGCCUGCUCUACGAAGGGGACCUCUUCCAGCUCCUCGGAGACCAGGGAAAGGAAUUCCAUGUGGGGCGCCGUGCCCAGUGCAUGGGGGGUGAAAGCCAGGGGACUCCUAAGUCCAGCUCCUCGGAGACCAGGUACCGCCUGGCCGGGGAGUAUGGCUCCAGCAGCUUCGCCCCCAAUUCACGAGCCCCCAUCCUGUUUGUCGUUCCCUGGGUGAUCAUCAGAUACCUCUACGAAAACAACCAGUGCUGGGAGAGAAAUGAUAACAUGGCCUAUUGGUGGAUCAUCCGCUGCCCCAUCCUGCUGGCCAUCCUGGUUAACUUUGUCAUAUUCGUCCGCAUCAUUAAGAUCCUGGUCUCCAAACUCCGGGCUCACCAGAUGCGCUACACGGACUACAAGUUCAGGCUGGCCAAGUCGACGCUGACGCUCAUCCCACUGCUGGGCAUCCACGAGGUGGUGUUUGCCCUGGUGCCGGAGGAGCAGGCCCAGGGCACGCUGCGCUACAUCAAGCUCUUCUUUGAGCUCUUCCUCAGCUCCUUGCAGGGUCUCCUGGUGAGCAUCCUCUACUGCUUUUUGAAUAAGGAGGUCCAGUCUGAGAUCGGGAGGAAGUGGCAGCGGUUCCAGCUGGGCAUGCUGGAGAAGCACCGGCCGAGUUGCAGCCGCGGGUCGUCCUGCCACUGCCAACUCUGCAAACCCCCCCAGGGCAGCUGCCCCCGGCCCCCCAGCCACCUGGGGAAGGGGGGGGCCGAGGCGGACUCGAACUCCAGCUGGGAGAACUCCUUGGGCAGCUCCCAGCGGCUGCGUUGCCCCCCCACAGGCAGCAAAUCCUAUGGCUCCCUCCCCGUCCCGACGCAGCCAGAGGGCAAAGAGCUGCUCCCCAAGGCCAGGGGGCCUACGGGCAAGGUGGCAGAGAGCUGCUGUUGAGAUCAGCCGGGGAGCCGGGAGAGGGGAGCCGGGUGGGGGACUCUGACUGGCAUUCCCUGUCUUGGGCGAGGGAGGCUGUUGCUGCACCGCUAGAGUGGGGGGGCUUGGGGGCUGGGGCACGGCCCAGAGGGUCUGCAGGACCAGUGUCCCCGCUCAGCCUGGUAGCCUCUCGGCAGGGGGCAGUUCCCCCGGGUGCGCCCAUGGACAAAUGGUGUGGGCACGAAUGAGUCCACUGUGGUCCCCAGAUGCACGUCUCCUUGGGCCUGAGGGGGACGCCUCUGGCCCCCUGGGAUUCCACUGCCCUGUUGGGGCCUCCCUGGCUACUGUAGAGCCGGCAUAAGGGCCCUGAGCUCCACCCGAAGUGUAGCAGUGGCUCGGGGCCAGCCCAGAGUUCGCUGCUCCCUCUGUGGCUAUUCUCUGCCCCCAGGGACUAUAGGAGGGCAGCGAGAGGGUGGGGCUGGAAUCCACUGGCCUCUAGGUAUUGCGCCCUUGGUUAGAAGAUGGAACAGCAGUUAGGUUGCCCUGAGGUCCCCUAACAGAGAAUAGGGGCCAGGCAGGGCCUAGUAAGCCCCUCAGAGCUUAAAUUCAUCUCCAGCCAGUCUCGCCUCAAGUGCUGAGCUGGGGAACCGGGCCUCUGAGGCGCGGCCACCUCUUUGGAACCGUCUGCGGCUCUUGGCCUCGGCGACGUCCUGCAGCAGCAGGUUCCACAGGUUAACUGUAUGUGGUAUUAAAAAAGCAUUGACUUUU